AUGCAGUUCUUCACCCGUCUUCUCGCCGCAGCGGCGACAGCAGCUCCGUUCCUUGCGCAAGCUGCUCCACUCGCACCUCGUCAGGAGAACUUGAUUCCCGACAAGUACAUCGUCGUGUUGAAGCCAGAGACCGACAUGGCCUCCAUCACAGCGCAUCACGAGACAGUCCGUGCCAUUCAUGCACGCAACCUCGCUCGUCGUACAGAUGAAGAGGCAAGCGCUGGUAUUGAGCGCGAGUACCAAUUUGGUGACUUCAAGGGCUACGCUGGAGCCUUUGAUUCCCAGACCGUGGAGGAGCUGAAGUCUCUUCCUGAGGUUCUUCUCGUGGAGCAGGACCACAUGAUGACCACCAGUGCAUUGGUGACCCAAAGCAGCUCUACUUGGGGACUUGGAAGCAUCUCCUCUCGCACCCGCGGAGCGACCAGCUACAUCUACGACGACACUGCCGGUGCAGGCACCUUCUCCUACAUUGUCGACACUGGCAUCAGAAUCACUCACAAUGACUUCGAGGGCCGCGCAACAUGGGGCUUCAACGCCGUCAACACCAACAACAACGACAACCAAGGUCACGGCACCCACGUCGCCGGUACAGUCGGUGGCCGCACCUACGGUGUCGCCAAGAGGACCAACCUCAUUGCUGUCAAGGUCUUCGAAACGAACAGCUCGCCUUCUUCCACUGUCAUUGCUGGUUUCCAAUGGGCUGUAAACGACAUCGUUUCCAAGCGCCGCACCAACUCCGCAGUCAUCAACAUGUCUCUCGGUGGCAUCGGAUCCGCCGCCUGGGACGCUGCCAUCACCGCCGCAUGGAGCCAGGGUGUUCUCGCCGUCGUCGCUUCUGGAAACGAAAACACCCUUGCUUCCACCCGUUCCCCAGCCCGUUCUCCCGAAGCCCUUACCGUCGGUAACCUGAACACCAACGACGCCCGUUACAACGGCGCUGGCGCAUCCAACUACGGGCCUGCAGUUGACAUCUGGGCUGCCGGUACCGGUGUCGUUUCCACUUACUUCCAGAGCAACACUGCCACCGCUACGCUGACUGGAAGCUCCAUGGCUUGCCCCCAUGUUGCUGGUUUGGUGUCUUACCUCCGUGGAUUGGAGGGUUUGUCGACUGCUGCGGCUGUCAGGGCGAGAGUCAUUGCUUUGGCCACACCUGGACGUGUUACCGACGGCCAGGGUGCUGCCAACCUUGUGGCUUACAACGGCAACGGACGUUGA